GGCAUGGGGGAAAUAAUCACAAUAAGCCUGGAGACCACAUGGAAGAUUUCGAUAACCUGCGCACUUCACGUUCAACACGAGCGCCAUCAGGUUUCGGCUUGUACAUUUUUGCAGCUAUGGUAUUUGGAUCUCUUCUCUCCGGCGGCCCAUUGCGCGUUCCCUUUCCCUCAUGCGCAUGCGUGUAUGCGUUUGUGAGGACAGGGAACGCGCUGUAACCGAGAGAAAGGGAUCCAGUAAACCGCUAUAUGUGCCUGAGGACUUCAUGCCCGUCAGACCAACAGUAAAACCACUCUGCGGUUCUUGUUUCCGCUACAUUGUUGAGAGGGACGAGCUCCGAUGCUCACAUCACCUCCCUGCUUCUCAGCCGUGUGUGUGCGCACUGCAGCCAGACGCAGAUAUCUCGUUUUCCCACGCAGUGACUACCACCAAAAGCAGCGUGAACUUGCAACAUCAUUGUACAGUACAACAGGCUCGCUCCAUGGAUUAAACCUCAUCUGUCGGGGCAGCACCAACACUGCUGGGAGAAGCCCGGACUUAUUACAUCUGCACCACUGAGGAUUUAAUCGUUGGAAAUGAAAGAGGGAAAAGGAUAACCUCAUGCACUGUGUAGACAUGAAAGGACCAAGGAGUACGUGAAGAUGUCCCAGAAGGCAACUAAAACAUGGUGCCUUAGGCUUUCCCCGGUUCUCCUCUUCUUCAUCUCCUUCGUCACAUACUACUAUUCCUAUGCCAUACUUCAGAGCUCCGGAGGCACCAGCAAGUCUCUGAACAGUAGCAAGUCGCUGUGUGGUGGCUGGCUAACCCAGAAGAAGUGGGAGAGCCUUAACUUUAACAUUAGCAGGCAGACGCGACUCUUCCUGAAACUGGAGGAUUUCUUCUGGCGGGAACAUCUGUCAACGCUGCCAUUACCUUAUGGCAUUAAGGGCAGUGAGCUGCUGUUACUGAAAGUUCUUGCUGCAACUGCAAAUUAUCAGGUGCCAGCCAACAUUGACAACCUUGAAUGCAGAACCUGUGUAGUCAUAGGCAAUGGCUUUGCCAUUAAAAACAGCUCCUUGGGAAACAUCAUCAACAAAUAUGACGUGGUCAUUCGGUUGAAUGAUGCUCCAGUGAGAGGCUAUGAGGAGGAUGUGGGGAACAAGACCACCAUGAGGUUCUUCUAUCCUGAGUCAGCCUCUUACAACCCUGGACUGCAUAACGAACCCGGCACGCUUAUGGUCCUGGUGCCUUUCAAGCAGCAAGAUCUACGGUGGUUCAAAGAGAUCCUAUAUAAUGAGAAGAGGGUGAGGAAAGGCUUUUGGAAGCCCCCUCCCCAAAUCUGGUUGGGUGACAUUAGUAAAAUCAGAGUGCUGGACCCAUACUUUCUGCACCAGACUGCAGACAGACUGCUGCGGAUCCCUCUGCAUCCCAAAAGUAAACAGAAAAUAAGCAUUUCAACAUGGGAGACAGACAUGGAACAUUGGAAACAGGCAGAGGGGGAAGACAUGCAACAAAGUUCCCGAGCUGGAAUGAAACCGGGGUAGUUACUGAGUAUACUGAGGAAAUCCACCAGAAUACCCCUUAAUUUUGUACCAGGAGGUAUAAGGAGUUUAUAUAUUAUUAUAUAAUUCUGUCCAAUCUCAUUGGAAGAUUGUACAUAUGAAGUUAAUGUUCACAUCAUCAGUAAUAAAUGUUCAUCCCUCCCAGUAGACCCCGGCAUGUUUGUUGUUUUAACAACCCUGAAUUCAACCAUUAAACGUGAUAUACCAUAUAUAAUCUCUAGUACAUUUAGUUGUUUUCUUUUGUAACAUGGUGAAUUGGAUGUAGUUCUCCUGUGUGAUGAAUGGGGAAAAUCACUGUCCAGAUGUUCCGACCUCCACAAAGUGUUUCCUCUAAACAUUGACCUGAAGGGGGUGAAUUAAGGAGAUUUUCUGUUGAUAAUAGCCAAAAAGUUUUAAUACAUUGUAAUUAACAAAGGGGGUGAAUACUCGGAGUGACGGGGCAUAAACUUUUAGGAACAGGGCUGUGAAUAAAUGUGAAGUUUUAAGUUCCUUAAAACAUAUUUCAUUUUCAGGUUUUAAGAUUUAUAAAUGGUAGACAGAUCUAGUGCUUUUAUUCAAACAACACACUAGUAAAAGAGAAGAGAAAAAAAUUACGACCAAGAACACAUCAUCUGCCAGACAACAUUAAGUAAGCCAUUAUGCACAUAUUGAACAUUUGCAGUUGUAUUUUCUUUGAGAUAGGACCCUUGAGAUAGGAUUCUUGUAAAUUUAUUGGCCGAUUAGGAAAAUCAUUUCCUAUCCAUCUGUAUUAUUACAGUCAUUUCAUUGAGAAAUUUCUGAAAGCAGGAAGGGUUGGCUGAUCUUCUCAUGUGGGUCCUGGGGUGUUUUCAGAGCAUCUACAAGUUGAGGGUAAGGCACACUGACCUUUGUAACAUUCAGAUAGCUUUAACCAGAAAUCGUACAAGAGAGGACAGAGCAAAAAUAGAUAUGUCAAGUUGCAAGUUGACAAGUUAGGAUACAUUCUGCCCAGAUUGGUCUUCGAGUAGUGCAGUCUAUCCAUGACUUUACAUAGUAUAAUUUUAUAUCCUGCAUUGAUUAAACAGUAUUCUUUGAAGUGGUUACUCGGUGUCAGCAAAAAGGGUCACUAAUCAAAAUGGGAAACUAAAUUUUUGGAGUCAGGAAGAAGUUACAGGAGUUCAUCAAUGAAUUAUCUUAUGUUUUCAAAUUGCAAAAGGUUCUCCAUGACGUAGUGUCUAAUUUGUAGGUGUAGGAAAGAGGUUGAGUGAGUAAGAUCAAAAUCAUUCUCAACUGCUGAAAUAUAGGUCAGAGCACUAUACAAAUACAUUUUACCUACUUACUUGGAGACAUCGGGCAGUAAACAAUUUGUUUUGUUCAAUAAAAAAUCUUCAAAUAAAGUUGUUAGCUGUCAGUUUAUUUGGGGAUCCUGGGUUUCCCCAGGGAGUCCUAGUUGCCAGUAGACCAGGGUGCAGGCAUUUACUGCCCAGUAAUAAGUGAAUAUAGAUACACUACUGAAUAUAGGUAGCCCCAGACUUCUCACAUUCAUGGGCGUCAUAUACUUAGACAAAUUGCAAAAUGAUUUAGCCAAUUUUUUAAAGCAACAGUGAUAAAACUUGGAAGCUUCUGAAAUAGUUACCAAAACUGAGUAAGGACAGCCAUCUUACUUGCAUAACACAUCUUAUCAUGGAUUAGAGCAGAACUUUCCAGUUCUUAGUGUUUAAUUUUAGUUUAUUUACUAUGUUUGCACAGUUCCAUGUGAGGUUUCUGGGUAUCCUGAGGAUUAAGUACUGCAGUGAAUUGUCACCAUCUUAAAUAGCAGUAAAAUAAGAAAGUCUGGGUACAUGUUUUCAGAUAAAUCCAUGAAGUCACUCAUAGUUGACUGUAUGACCAGAAAGCUUGUCAAAUAUUGGUCAGGGGGUCAACGGUUCAGAGACAGAGUAGCAUAUUGUCAGUGUACAUGCUUAGGAAAUUCACCACGUUCCCUAUCUUAACACCUUGAAUAUCUGGGUGACUCCUUAUUUUCCUAUCAGUAGAGGUUAUGUUGAAAAGGAAUGAAAAGAGUGGAUCUCCCUGUCUCAAAACAACAUUUUGACCAAUGUGAGAAAGGAGUUGCCUAAUCCAAAUCUAAGAAGAGUGAAUGGUUUUGGCUUAGUGUUUGCCAAGCGAGUGGGGCAUAACUUGGGUAACAGUAUCAGUCAGCUUCCUCCUUUUCCUCUACCUCUCAAAAUGCUUAAGAAAUCUAAAUCACUGACCUUGGCUUUGAGGCGAGUGUUGUCAUCCCUUAGCCUGGUGAGUGCACUUUCCACUGCUUCUAUGUGCGAGACAUGGCUAGUUGUAACUUCUUUCAUUGAGUUCAUCCAGCCAUUGGAUUCACUUUGAGAAGCUAGCAGUGACUUGAAACUGCUCUCAAACUUGUCAAACAGAUUGUUAGUAUCUCACAGGAUGCUGUCUGACAUCUCCUUCAACAUGCCUUUGGUGAUAGCAGGUGCAGUAUCAUUGGAGUCCCUUGGGACAUUGGUUAAUGAAGGUGUUAGCUUGCAUGUUGUUGUUCUGGGAUUUUUAGUCAGAAGCUAUCCAAGUUCAGUAGUAGGAAAUAUUCCUUUUUCAUUCUGUGUGUUCUUUUUGCUUGUUUUCCAAUAAACAUAGUCGAAAUUCUGUGCCAUCCAGUCAUUUCUCUAUGGCACUUAGCAAUGUUGUCAACAGGUGUCAGAUUUUUAUAGAUGAAGCAGAAAACUAUUUUUCAUCUGGCUACAUAAACUGUAUGUCCUAUUAGAUAGAACCUAAUAGUAGUCAAGUAGCAACCAACAUAGAAAAAAAUAAAUGAUUCAGCAAACAAAACUCCCAUAGAAGGUUUUUAAAUGACCGUAACAAUAUUUUUUUUACCUUUGGAUAAGAACAGGAUGAUAAUAAUACACUGGAUUGCUUUUUGUUUUUGUGCUUGUUCUUGUUCUUGUACUUCCUUUUCUUUAUUUUAUGCACCAUGCCCUUGGGCCAAAUGCCCAAAACAUUUAAAAAACAGACUUUGAAAAAAGAUAGUGAGCAAGCUGCUGAAAAACAACUUUGCAUAGUUGUACUUGUUAAUGUGCAGUGUCUAUGAAGAAACCAAAACCUUUAGGGUAUAGGUAGUGCUGUGUUAGAUAAACUUGAACUGGGUCAGCAGUGACUGCAGUAAAACAGUGUACACAAAUAUCUUGUGCUUUGAUCUAAUGUUAGUUUUUCUUAUCUCUGAGCUGCAAGGCAUUGUGUAAUGAUGAGACUUCAGUAUCUAUAGAUGGGUGCGGAUAGGAAGGGGUUAACAGCUGAAGAGGAUAUCUUUGUUAUAUCUCCAUUUUCGAUUUGAACAUCAUAUUUUUCAGGUUUUAAAUUUCAGUUGUAAAUUUCAGAAUGAUGUUUCUUUAAAAUGUUGAGGUUAUUUGAGGUUAUUUUGCAAGAAGCUCACAUGACAUUACAUGAUUUGCAUUACAUAACAUUUAUUCUGGAGAAUCUCAAAGCAGUUUACAAGAAGGGAACUAAAACUCUGUGAGAACAAGAGCUAGAUGUCACCAAAAUUGUUAGCGUAAGUUUUAGGAAGUUGAAGUCACUGGAUAAUAUUCUGCACAUGGAAAAGAUUUGGAUUUUGUGUUGGUGAUUAUCAGUAAAGGGCAAGGGCAGCAGUUUCUGUUGACCUCUGUUACCAUCUAGUGGUGAAAUGAGAGGGUGUAGUUAAAUCAUAGUAAUUCUGUCCUGGCUGCUCGACCCAACUUCAGCCUACGCUGCAGAUAAAUAAUUUACAUUUUGCUUUUUAACAUUUGUAAUUUUCAGUAUGUCAAAGUGGAAUUUGCACGUUUUUGUUUGUGAAAGCGAAAUUUGGUCCAGCUUUUGGUGUUACUUUCAGACAAUUUCUUGUUGUAUCAGCUGUCUGCCUAGGCAUCUUUUUUUCAUCCUUCCACCACGAGUCGCUACUGUCAGAAAUCAAUCCUACAAAUCCUCCAAAUAAAAAAAAUGAUGAAGUGACAGAAUUAUUCCAGUGUGCUGUCAUUAAGUCUUGUUUG